AUGGCGAACUUGAUAAGGAUAUCUAUAUGGAGCAACCAAGAGGUUUUAAGAGCAAGAUCCACCCCCGAGUACGUGUGUAAACUGAAGAAGGUUCUCUAUGGCUUGAAGCAAGCACCACGAGCACAGUACGGGAAGUUUGAAGCGUUUUGCCGGGGAGGGAGGGACAACACUGCAACAGAAUUCUCCCCGUCAUGCUCCCGGUCUGCGCCUUCGCCAUGGGGACGCGCGGCCCCCGGUUCCUCGCCGUCCUCCUGGCCCUCCGCGGCGGCCCGUGACGAGCGGGAGCUGGUGGAGGUGUCCGGCGCUCCGGAUGGGGUGGUGUGGGUGGCCCAGCUCUCGGAUCUCCACUUCAGCGUGCACCACCCGGAGCGCGCAUACGACUUCCGGCGGUACGUGGGCCCGGCGCUCGCCGUGGUCAACCCGGACCUCGUGCUGAUCACCGGGGAUCUCACUGAUGGGAAAAACAAAGAUCUGCUAACAAUGAAGCAGAAUGAGGUUGAAUGGGUAGAAUAUGGAAGUACAAUAAAUGAUAUCAUUCGAAUCAGCAAGCUUCCAAGAAGAAUUUUCUUUGAUCUGAGAGGAAAUCAUGAUAGCUUUGGUGUUUCGGAAUCUGGUGUUGACAAUGACUUCUAUCAGAAGUACAGCAUCAAUGCUAAGUUGGGACGCCAAGGGCGUGUCCAAAGCAUUACUUUGGAGAAUAGCGGUCGGAAGCAUCUAUUUGUUGGCUUUGAUAGCACGAUGGAGAUUGGUCUUAGAGGCCCAACCAAUCUUUUUGGCCAUCCAACUGAUAAGCAGCUUAUCGAAUUGGAUCAAGCAUUAUCGCAGUGGGAUACUAACUUUGACAAGGUUCCAGUGACAAAAAUUGCAUUUGGGCACUUCCCUUUGUCUUUCUCAGCAUUAACAGAGUCAGGAAAAAGUAUCAAGGAUGUUUUCCUAAAGCAAUCAUUGGCGGCAUACUUGUGUGGGCAUCUUCAUACAAGAUUUGGGAAGAACUUGAAGCGAUACUACCAUCGAGCAGUCCAGGAACCAUCAUUAUCAGAACAUUAUUACCAAUUUAACAUGCACCAAGGAUAUGCAAUCCAGAGUAAUAAGGAAAACUGUUCUGAAGAAGCAGCUCAUGUUGAAGAGUUCUGGGAAUGGGAAAUGGGUGAUUGGAGAAAGAGCAGAAGUAUGAGGAUACUGGCAAUCGAUGAUGGUCAUGUCUCCUAUACUGAUAUAGAUUUCAGAUUAGGCUCAAAGAGCAUAAUUAUACUGCCUACCUUUCCCCUUGAUUCAAGAUUCAUGCAGAGAGCUUCUGCUUCUCGUGAUUUCAAGUGUCAUAUCAAGGGGGCAUCUACUUUUGAUACAGUGAGGGCUCUUGUAUUCUCUAAACAAGAGAUCAUAUCUGUUUCUGUGAAGAUAUAUGACUCAAGACCAGGAACUCUUGAAGUAGUUUUGGACUCCGAAAUGAAAAGGGUGGAUUCCAAUGAUACUCGGGGACAUAUGUAUUUAGUACCAUGGAACUGGAUGGCAUUUGAAGAUCCCUCUCCCAGACGAUAUUGGCUCCAAAUUGAACUGAUGGAUAUAACAGGUGAUACAAGUGUCAGCCAGUUAAGGCCAUUCUCUGUUAAUGGCUUGACCGCAAGAGUGAACUGGACAUGGAAGGAAUUUUUUGUGAUUGGUAUUCAGUGGGCUUCAAUAUAUCAUCCUGCACUGUGGUGUGCUAUUUCUCUGAUAUUUUCAUUGCUUCUCGCACCACAAGUUUCAGCUGUGGUAUUCAAAGAUCAGUUCACAUAUAAGUCUCUAUACACAAAUGGUAAUGAGAGGACACUGUUAAAGUCUUCAGUUGGUGGUUUUGUCUGGCUCUUUGUUGAACUGGCCAGGGUGAUUCUUGUAUGGUUUUUGCUCUUGGUGUACACUAUCUAUUUAGUUUUCUUACCUUGGCUGUUUGGUCACCCUAUUACUGAGGAUGGUAGGCUCACAUACAUGUCGCAUAGUGGCUGGAUUCUUAAAAGACCCAACAGUGGCAACGAAGUAGUCCAUGCUGGGAUUCCAGAUGUAAUGGUCAUUGUUCUACCUCACCUUUAUUUUGUGUUAUUACCCACAAUUGUGAUUUUAGCUGCCAUGGCUGCUGAGAGAACGGCAUAUCGAGAGCAUUAUCUUUCUCGAUCAGGAAAGAAGAAAGAUGAUUACUACCAGAAGAGCAGGAGGCAGAUAGAACAUGAAAUUUUUUGGAAUGGUCGCUGGAUUAGAAAAUUUCUGUUUCUAUUUUGCUUAGUGGUUCUAUGGAAACAUUGGAAGCUUUGCAGAGCUCUUGUGAAGGCUUAUGCUAUGAACCCUUUGCUCCACUCGCCCGUGCUUUUCUUCUUCAUUCCUGCAGUCAUGGGGUUUUCCAUUUACAAGACAUCGACCAUUUAGCUGUUUGGGAGCUCUGAAAGUGUACUAUACUAGAUUGUCCUAAAAAUGGUUUAAGAUGUCCUGGAUAGCCAUCGCAAAUGAUGCUUCUUCCUCUGAAGACUGAAGACUAAAAACUCGCAACUGAAGGUGUGCUACCUCCAGUUUUUCUCUUUCAGAGAGCAGAUUUAGGUUCUCUAACAUACAUAAAGAUGCUGUCAGCACUGCGCUGCAUAUAAAUGAGGGACAUUUCAUUAGAAUGAACAGUUAGGACUGAGCCAAGUUCUUUCCUUUCUUGACCUGUCAGUUUUUUUUUCGUAUCAUUUAUCCUAGUGGGACUGUUCCAGAAAAAAAUCAUUUGUGAGGCUUUGGUGAUGUACACAGUACACCUCUUCAAACUAUUAGCAUUGUCUUUUGAGGAAUGGAUAUUACACUACCA